AUGCCGCUCGUACGGUUGCAACCACACUUGUUCACCUCUCUCCCAGUACAUCCAUCCAUCCCAGCCAAUGACUCCCGUCCGGAGCUUCGAUCGUUCGUUCAAACCGCCCUCCAGGAAGCUCUCGAGCUUCUCCACUCCAUCCCAUCGUCAUUCACAGCAGACCCCAAGCUGCGCCCCUCGCCGCCAUGCGAAGCAAAGGUAAAGCUUUUGCGCAACUGGCGCAAGCUUCCAGACGCAGAUGCAAAUAAAAGCAGAAAUAAACCUGAGUUCUGGGUAUGUCGACAAAGCGAACAUGUCAAUGCCGAGGCAAAAGGCACGGCGUCAUGGAGCGAAUUUGAGACGGGGUUAAGGUCUAACCAUGCAGAACAUGAAAUGGAUUACACACCAAGCGUCACGGGCGUAGAAAAACUGUUGGAAUGGACAAGAGAUGAGAUCGGAGAGGUUGAAGUUGAUGGGCUCCUUUUCAAGGACGUGGACGUCGAAAUUAAUCUGAUAACCCACACUUUCCACCCGGGUGCUCUUAUUGCUCCACGCAGCUUUAUCUCUUUGACGAUCUCUGCUACAUGCGACAGUCUCCAGGCUCCAGAGCAGCUUCAAGGACAUGCGUCCAAAGGCUUCGUUACCGUCCAGAUACCUCUUCUAUCAGCUCUAUCAUCUACGCCAGAUAAUCUGCGCCAGAGGAUUACCUCUGCUGUACCUAAACGGACAAUCUUCGCCAACUACGCAAGCGUGGAGCAAGUCACCCUUUUACCCUCCGAUAGUGGCCCUGGUCGCAUUGAGUGGACGAUGGCAACAACCUCCGAUGCAGGAGGAUCGAUUCCACAAUGGGUCCAACGAAAUUGGACAAUGGGUGGGGUGCCACGCGCCGUGGUAGCUGACGUGGGAUUGUUCAUCGGAUGGACUAUGCGCCGACGGACUCCUGCGUCUUAG